AUGGAACCCAUUGUGAUGGAACCCAUUGUGAUGGAACCCAUUGUGAUGGAACCCAUUGUGAUGGAACCCAUUGUGAUGGAACUCAUUGUGAUGGAACCCAUUGUGAUGGAACCCAUUGUGAUGGAACCCAUUGUGAUGGAACCCAUUGUGAUGGAACCCAUUGUGAUGGAACUCAUUGUGAUGGAACCCGUUGUGAUGGAACCCGUUGUGAUGGAACUCAUUGUGAUGGAACCCAUUGUGAUGGAACCCAUUGUGAUGGAACCCAUUGUGAUGGAACUCAUUGUGAUGGAACCCAUUGUGAUGGAACCCAUUGUGAUGGAACCCAUUGUGAUGGAACCCAUUGUGAUGGAACUCAUUGUGAUGGAACCCAUUGUGAUGGAACUCAUUGUGAUGGAACCCAUUGUGAUGGAACUCAUUGUGAUGGAACCCAUUGUGAUGGAACCCAUUGUGAUGGAACCCAUUGUGAUGGAACCCAUUGUGAUGGAACUCAUUGUGAUGGAACCCAUUGUGAUGGAACUCAUUGUGAUGGAACCCAUUGUGAUGGAACCCAUUGUGAUGGAACCAUUGUGA